GUGCGCCGUGGGCGCGCGGCCGCCACGGCCGCCGGGGCCCUCGUGGUGCUGGCGGGCGGCAGGCUGGGGCUGCAGAGGUGCCUGGCCGACUGGCGCUCGGUGGCGCGGGCCCAGCGGCUGCUGCGGCGGCAGGAGGAGCUGCAGCAGCGCCGCCAUCGCGCCGCCGCGGGCGCCGCCGGGGCAGGCGUGCUGCUGGCGCGCGCGUGCGCGCGGCUGACGCUGGCGCGGGCGCUCGCAGGCCUGAGGUUCGCGGUCGCCCUGGCUCGCCAGCAGCGCAGGGCCGGCAGCAUUCGCCAGGAGCUCGAGCAGGACUCCGCCGCGGCCAGGGCCGAGAGGCUCGAGGUAGUGCGCAGGGUCUCCAGGCUGAUGGUCCCGCUGGGCCGGGAGCCCCGCGACGCGGCCCUGCGGCGGCUCUUCGAGCUGUGGGCCAGCUCGCUCCGCCGCGCCUUCUGUGCCGCGCGCGUGGAGGCCCUCGAGUUGCGCUGUCAGGCCGAGGCUGCGGAGGCAGCGGCGCUGAGCCCGGGCGGCGGGGGCGCUGGGCUGGAGGAGGUGGGGGACCGGGCGGAGACUGGCCUCGUGGCCGCCAUCGCGGCCAACGCCAGUGCAGGGUACGAGGUCGGCGGCCACUCCGCCCUGUGGUCGCAGCUCACCGAGCUGCAGGGGCACAUGGUGGGCCUGCAACAGAGACUGGACGGUCGCGCAGGCUGA